AUGAAGUGUUCUGGUUGUCUUAGCGUAAUCACCAAUGAGGAUUCUGUAACAUGUUCAGCUAAGAGUUCUAACAGGGUGCUACAUUUGUUUUGUGCAAAUAUACAGAAGCUAACCCCGCAGCAAAAACAGUGUUGGAUAUGUCCAGAUUGCCAUGCUAACGCAAAAAAGGGUGGUGAUAAUUCGAACACCCCAGUACGCUCGAGUGGAAACGUGACUCACCGCAAGAAAGUGACUGCCCUUGUGGGCAUUUCCCAGGACCCUACUAGCACCAAUACCCAGCCUUCCGGCACAACUAGCUUGGAAUUGAUUGUUUCUGAGAUGCAUCUGCUACGGCAAGACUUUGCAAAUUUGCAAACGGAAUUCGGAAAACGCUUUGAUCAAUUAUUACUGAGAUUUAGUGACUAUGACGCUCGCUUAAAAUCUUUAGAGGUAAAAGAAAAGGAAAACGAGCUCCUCAAGGCACAAAUGGCGAAACUCGAAGAUCAACUACAUAGACAGACUCUUAGUUCAUUGCAGUCGCAAAUUGAAAUUAUUGGUAUAUCCGAAACACCCGGAGAAAAUCCUUACCAUUUGACCUUGACAACCGCAAAUAAAAUUGGCAUCGAGCUUAAUGAAUCCGAUCUUAAUCACGUGUAUAGGGGUGGACCACGAAUUACAGAAGAUCAAACGGAAAAGGACUCGGUACGUCUGCCACGCCCCCUUGUAGUUACAUUUACUAGAAGAUUAAAGCGUGAUGAGUUCUUGAAAGGAGGGAAAACCAGACGCACGCUAGAGAGCUGCGACAUUGUUGGUGCUGGACCACAAAGAAAAGUCUACAUUAAUGAACGACUUACAUAUGAGGCCCGUCAACUUUUUCGCACCGCCCGAAACUGGACUCGAGAAAACAAAUACAAGUUUUGUUGGGUACAAAACGGCACCAUUUUCAUCAGGAAACGCGAGGGACGCGAGGGUAGCCCGCCUAUCCAGAUUCGCUCGUCUGAAGAUCUACACAAGCUGUCUGCGAGACGUGAUCAAGAGCGGAUUCGCUCGUCUGAAGAUCUACAAAAGCUGUCUGCGAGACGUGAUCAAGAGCAGGCGCAAGCGGACAAAUCUUCAGCAUCUGUUGUAUGUGUUUAA